AUGAUCCUGGCAAGAGACUCGUGGAAGAAUUCGCUGCCGGGGCCACGUCAUAACGCCUCACUUGCGCGGUGCAUAUCUGGGGCCCCUGGAUGCACAUCCGGGCGGUUUCCGAGCGGCGGCGGCGGCGGCGCCGCCAACGUGGCUGCCGGGGUAACCUUUGCUUCCCUGGGUACCGACCUGGGAGGGUCGGUGAGGCUGCCCGGCGCUUUCUGCGGCGUGGUCGGCCUGAAACAGACCUUUGGCCGGGUGAGUCAACGCGGACUCCUGGUAACCAGUUUCAACGGCGACCACAUUGGCCCGAUGACCCGAUCGGUGCGCGAUAGCGCGUUGGUUCUGCAGGCCAUUGCCGGCUACGACCCUCUUGACCCCAGCACCGUGCCGGUUCCGGUGGACGAUUACGCCCUGCUGGCCGACAGCGUGGUAACCCAUGAGCCAUUGAUCGCGUCCAACCGCGAGGACUACAGUCCCGACACGCUAUACCGCACUCUGGCCGGGCAAUUUGUGCUGGGCAGGGACUAUUCGAAGGCGCUGAAGGUUCAGCGAAUCAUCAAGGAAGAACACGCCAGGGUUCUGCAGGAAGUAGACUUCCUGGUAACCCCGACGACGCCCCUGCCGGCUCCCCGCAUCGACGCCGACACCAUCAUGAUCGGUGGUGAGCGUCAGAAGGUCAGGGGCCCCGGUUCCGGUUUGAUAUCGCGCAACACGAGCCCGAUGAACGCCACGGGGUUUCCGGCCAUCACGGUGCCCUGCGGCUUCAGCGACGUAGGCCUCCCCAUCGACUAA